AUGAUAGUUGGUAGUGGUCACUCUGCACAAGAAUUGGAUACUAAAAGAUCAGUGUUGGCAGGGUUUGGAAGAUUUCCACAGAAGCAGCUCCUAAACUCAGAGGACAUUGAGGCAUGCAUAUCAGGGCAGAUCAAGUACUCAGUAGAAGAAGCCAUUUACAAGUUUGCUCUGAUGAACAGACGUUUCCCUGAAGAAGAUAAGGGAAAAAAAGAAAAUGACGUAGAUUAUGAUAAAAAUGCUCAGAGGCCUUGUAGCAAACAGCACGUAGGACUGGAAAAUGGCAGAGAGGCUUCUGCAAAAAUGGCCACUGUCAAGUCACGAAUAAGCAGUUGCAUGUUUGUGAAGAUAUCUGAGAAUUUGUCAAUAGAGUUAGACCCUGCAGGAUCUCUGCCAUGUGGGGAGGAAGGUUGCCUUGACAUGCGGGUGUCCGCACGCAGAAAGAACGUGCGCGGCGACGUGCUGACGUCAGAGACGCGGAGCUGGCGUCGGCCAACCCCUGACACUUCCGCUUCAGCGAGCAGUACCAGCCGCGCUCGCGGGCAGCAAGGAAGUGUGCAGAGGCGCGCCGGAAGCCUUGGGCGGAGAGCGAUGGCGGGCUUGGCGGCCCGAGACCCUGCGUUGGAUCGUUCCCUACGUUCCGUUUUCGGUGAGAAGAGCCGGCGGAGCCGAACGGGGGGAAGGAGACGAGGGGCGAUUGCGGGCCGCCGGGGUCGGGAGACGGCCGUUGCCCUCGGGACUCGCUGUGCUAUUCCGCCGAGUCCGACCGCGCGCUCUACCUGCCCAUGGCGGGCGGCGGGGUUGGGGGCGGGGCGGCGAUCGCCCCCCCCCCCCCCGGUGCCGUUGGUGCAAAGGGAGCCCCCUCUUUCUGGCCCGCAGCUCCCCAUUUGGGCCGGGGCAGUUGAGAAAGUUAGCGCGGACUUGGGCAGCGUUCGUCCUCGGAAGUUGGGGGCGCGCUUGUUAGACAGGAGUGAAGGACUCAGACCCUGUGGCAGAUCUUUCCAGGCUCCAACCUGCGACAGUUGCUGUCACUUCGCAGCUGAAGUCAACUUCUUUCUUUUCCCAGUUCUGGGUGACCGUUGGAAAUUCUUUUCCCAGUUCUGGGUGACCGUUGGAAAUCCACACGGGAGCGUGGCUGGCACGUGCGUCGCCUUUCGCUUUGAUCCCUUGCCAACGAGCCGUUAUAAGCUCCUGAUUCUAAUAGAACAUAUAUAUUCUGCCAUAGUGGGGAAUAUUCCUUAUGAAGCCACAGAAGAGCAAUUAAAGGACAUAUUUUCUGAGGUUGGACCUGUUGUUAGUUUCAGGUUGGUAUAUGAUAGGGAAACAGGAAAGCCAAAGGGUUAUGGCUUCUGUGAAUACCAAGACCAAGAGACUGCACUUAGUGCCAUGCGCAACCUGAAUGGGCGUGAAUUCAGUGGGAGAGCACUUCGAGUGGACAAUGCUGCCAGUGAAAAGAACAAAGAAGAGCUGAAGAGUCUUGGCACUGGGGCCCCUGUGAUUGAGUCACCAUAUGGAGAGAGUAUCAGUCCUGAGGAUGCCCCUGAAUCCAUCAGCAAAGCAGUUGCUAGUCUUCCACCAGAGCAGAUGUUUGAGCUGAUGAAACAAAUGAAGCUCUGUGUCCAGAAUAGUCCCCAGGAAGCAAGGAACAUGUUGCUUCAGAAUCCUCAACUGGCUUAUGCUUUGCUGCAAGCACAGGUAGUGAUGAGAAUCGUGGAUCCAGAGAUUGCCUUGAAAAUUCUGCAUCGCCAGACAAAUAUCCCAACACUGAUUUCCGGCAACCCUCAACCAGUUCACUGUGCUGGACCUGGGUCAGGAGCCAAUAUGCCAAUGAACCAGCAGAAUGCUCAGGGUGGAUUACAUGUCAAUGGUGUACCUCCUUUGAUGCAAACUGGAGUCCCAGUACCAGGGCAAUUGCCAACUGCUGUAACAGGACCUGGUCCUAGUUCCUUAGCUCCUGGAGGGGGAAUGCCAUCCCAGAUUGGAAUGCCAGGAAGUGGACCAGUGCCCAUGGAUAGGGGACAAGGAACCCUACAACACUCUCCCGUGGGACCCACCGGGCCUGCAUCCGUAGAGAGAGUUCAAGUGUCCAUGCAAGAUCCCAGAGCAGCAAUGCAGCGUGGGGCCUUGCCUGCUGGUGUUGCAACUCCUCGAGGUCUAUUAGGUGAUGCUCCAAAUGACCCACGUGGAGGUACUUUACUUUCUGUCACUGGAGAAGUAGAACCAAGAGGUUACUUAGGACCACCUCAUCAAGGUCCACCUAUGCACCAUGUUCCUGGCCAUGACAACCGGGGUCCACCCCCACAUGAGAUGAGGGGAGGGCCUUUAGUUGAGCCUAGACCUCUAAUGGCAGAGCCAAGAGGACCCAUGCUAGAUCAGAGGGGUCCACCCUUGGAUGGCAGAGGUGGAAGAGAUCCCAGAGCUAUGGAGGCACGAGCCAUGGAGGCACGGGCCAUGGAGGCACGGGCCAUGGAGGCAAGGGGAUUAGAUGCUAGAGGCUUGGAGGCCCGUGUGAUGGAGGCCCGUGUGAUGGAGGCACGAGCAAUGGAAGUCAGAGGGAUUGAAGCAAGAAGCAUGGAUACAAGGGGCCCUGGCCCUAGAGGCCCUCUGCCUGGUGGAAUCCAAGGUCCCGGUUCAUUGAAUAUGGGCAUGGGGGCAGUUGUCCCCCAAGGGUCCAGAGGACAGGUUCAAGUCAUGCCAGGAGCAGGAAUGCAAGGUUCCAAUAUUCAGGGUGGAGGUCAGCCUGGAGGGUUUAGUCCUGCACCUAACCAGGUCACUCCACAGGACCAUGAGAAGGCUGCUUUGAUCAUGCAAGUGCUUCAGCUGACUGCAGACCAGAUUGCCAUGCUGCCUCCUGAGCAGAGGCAAAGUAUCCUGAUCUUAAAGGAACAAAUACAGAAAUCCACUGGAGCACCUUGAAAGGUUUUCAAAAAUACCUGACAACCAAUCUGGAUAAUAAUACCAUAACUUUCUUAACAUAUUGCAAAAAAAUGAUGACUUCUGCAUCCUAAUCCUUGAAUGAUUCAAAUUGGUGCCAGGUGGAGGACUCCCAUCACCUUCUUUCAGAACAAAAUUGAUUCAUUCUGUUGUCUUAGUUUGUAUAUUUUUUGUGACAUGAAAUAAACUUUGGACACAAUUUUAGUACACUGCAAA